UUUGUUCCAAUAGAUUUUGGUCAAAUUUGGUCUACCAAUGCAAAGAAACUUGCAAGUCUGGCCACCGUAGCCAGGAAGCCACGACGCCCCACUACUCUACGCGAGAAUGAUGUUGACGAUCCGCUCAUGCCACCUGGUCUUCAUCCUCUCAUUUCAUCUUUAUUUCCAGGCAACCGUAGCUUCGAAAAAUUUCGUGCUUCGAAGCCUGCAAUGCCUUUCAGAUACUUGGUAUCCCGAUCUCUUUCUUAUGCUGCUCACUCCAGACCAUUUUAUCCGGCAGUUGCUGAGUACGGCCCGAAACGGCUAGACAACUUGAUUCCCGGGAAGGUUUACUUGUGGUGCGCCUGUGGUUUGAGUAAAUCUCAGCCUUGGUGUGAUGGAUCACACAAACCUACUCACUUUCGUCCGCUCCGAUGGGUUGUCCCGGCAGCCAAACCCGAUUCCGUCCAAGCUUCUUCCCAUUUCAUUUGCCAAUGCAAGUAUUCGUCGACACCCCCGCUAUGUGACAGCACACACAACCAGCUUCAUCAAGAAGUAGCAGACCGUCAGACACAUUGUUCAUGUUCCCAUGCCGGCAACGCACCUCAGUACAUUCUGCCCGAUGGGCAACGCACUUUUUGUGAUCGCUGUGGGAAUGUCACAUCCAAUGUGCCAUCCUGAUGCCUUAUCAUUACCAUACGUCUUAUUGAAACCUGGUUUUCCAGGUACAAAACAAAAAUCGCUUGUCUUAGUCCCCAGUCUUUUCGUUCUCUGCAUAUUCAGGUCAUAGUUUCAUGCUAUAUUCGUUCUUCAACCUAUUCACAUGUCAAUGACAGUACAGUCGUAGAAACUUCACUCUGUUAAGGAAACCCUCAUUAGAUCCUCUAUUCCGCAUCCUUCCUCAAGAGGAGUCAUCACUGUAAAUGAA